AUUUUGAAAGUUAUUCGGGCUAUUUUGAUCGCGGGCGUCAGUCUAAAACCUGCCGGUUGAGAUUUCGAAGGGUUUGGACUUUGGAGUUUCAGUAAAAAUGCCGCCUAAGUUCGAUCCGUCACAGGUAGUGGAGGUUUAUGUACGUGUUACAGGAGGCGAAGUCGGGGCAGCGUCAUCUUUGGCGCCAAAGAUUGGACCUCUAGGUCUUUCUCCGAAGAAAAUCGGAGAAGACAUAGCAAAGGAAACAGCUAGAGAUUGGAAAGGGCUGAGAGUGACUGUUAAACUUACUGUCCAAAACAGGCAAGCGAAAGUCGCUGUAGUUCCCAGUGCUGCAGCACUGGUGAUAAAAGCAUUGAAGGAGCCUGAAAGGGACCGCAAAAAGACUAAAAAUAUCAAGCAUUCGGGGAACAUCUCGUUAGACGAUGUUAUCGAAAUUGCGAAAGUAAUGAAGCCACGCUCAAUGGCAAAAGCCCUCGCCGGGACAGUCAAGGAGAUUCUCGGCACUUGUGUAUCAGUGGGGUGUACCGUAGACGGGAAGGACCCCAAGGAUUUGCAGAGCGAGAUAGAUGAAGGGGAGGUCGAGAUCCCCGAAGAUUGAUUAAAAUUGGAACGAGAUUGAUUUGGAUGUCGCAUGGCUUUGAUAAUGCCGAUUCCUUUAUAGAGAUGGGAUUUCCAAGUAAAGGUAGAAUCAGGAAGAGGAGUGAAGGAUAAUUUUGUUUGAUGUGAUUUUAUGAUGAACUUGAGGGUAAAUGGUGAAGAUAUAAUAUGUCUCCACCUCAUUUUUAUCCCGACACUAUUAGUCAUGAUUCUAUUCUUGUUAUUUCAAGUUUCAACAGAACCUUAGUUUUUAACUGUCAUAAUUUUUGUUACAAUACGGAAGGAGAUAAAUUAUAUGUAUUGUUUUUUUUGAAACUUGGAUGGAGCACUUACUGGUUUGGUCAUUA